AUGUCUGAUUCAAUUGAUCGUGUUUUCGUCAAGGCUAUCUCUACUAUUCGUGCAUUAUCAACAAGAUCAGGAUAUGGAUCCUUACCAAGACCUCCAGUGGAAAAUCGUAUAAGGCUUUAUGGUCUAUAUAAACAAGCAACAGGAUUUAAUCAAGAAGAUGAAUCAGCUCGUAGGAAAUAUGAUGCAUGGAAAUCUGAAGAAGGAAUAUCCAAAACUGAAGCUAAAAGACGUUAUAUUGCAUUUUUAAUUGAAACUAUGAGAACUUAUGCAAGUGGUACACAUGAAGCAAGAGAAUUAUUAAAUGAAUUAGAAUAUUUAUGGGAUCAAAUUAAAGAAAUCAUACCAAGUCCUUCACCUCCUUUAACUCCAUUACAUACAUUUCCAAGUAAUGUUGCUAUUGCUGGUGGUAAUGGAGGUUCAUUAACUGGAAGUCUUUAUGGUGAUUCAUUCUUGAUGGAUGAUAGAAGUGCAAUUUUAGGUUAUCAUUCAAAUAAAUCAGAAUUAAAUCUAAGUAAAGAUGUUGCAAUUCUGAAAAAAGAAGUUGGAUUAGCCCUUAGAAGGAUUAAUAAUGAAUUGAACCAAAUAAAUCAAGCAAGAUUUAAUACUAAUGGUGGUAAUAAUGGCUCUAAUUAUGAUGAUGAGAAUGAUGAUAAUCUAUGGCGUGGUUAUAAAAUCAUAAGGAAAUUAACAAAAUUCUUAUUUAAAUUCUUGGGAAACGUUUUGAAAAGAUUAAUAAUUGAUCUUGUUAUCCUUAUAAGUAUUAUAAAAUUCAUUAGAUAUAAGAAUGGAUUAGAUGUUAAUUUAUCAACAACUAAUUCUACAAACAAUGGAAUCAUCAAUAGAUUUCUAUUUGGUAUUUUCAAAUUGUUGAAUAAAGUUAAUUUGGUUAAUUUCAAUAGAUUAUAUAUUGAGAUUGAUUGA